GGGCCGGGCGUUCUCGGGGGCGCUCGGGGCGGCUCAAGAAAUCCAGUGUGAACUUGUUGCAAAAGCAGAGAUGAUUAUACAAAGAGUAGUGCUGAAUUCACGGCCUGGUAAGAAUGGAGUGCCAGUGGCAGAAAACUUCCGACUGGAGCAAAGUACAAUACCAGAUACGGUCCAAGUGGGACAAGUGCGUGUUAAAACUCUUUAUCUCUCGGUGGACCCCUACAUGCGCUGCCGAAUGAAUGAGGACACAGGUUCGGAUUACCUGCAGCCCUGGCAGCUGUCUGAAGUUGCGGAUGGUGGGGGUAUCGGGGUUGUGGAGGAGAGCAAGCACCAUAACCUCGCUAAAGGAGACUUUGUAACUUCCUUCACUUGGCCCUGGCAGACAGCGGCAAUUCUUAAUGGAGACUUGCUACAAAAGCUGGUUCCACAGCUUGUAAAUGGACGCCUUUCCUACUUUCUGGGUGCAGCUGGCAUCACAGGACUGACGGCCCUGCUGGGAAUCAGGGAGAAAGGACAUGUGGCCGUGGGUGCAAAUCAGACCAUGGUGGUGAGCGGAGCUGCUGGUGCCUGCGGCUCUUUGGCCGGCCAGAUUGGCCGUCUGGAGGGCUGCUCUAGAGUGGUGGGGAUUGCUGGCACAGAUGAAAAGUGCUCCAUUUUGGUCCAAGAAAUGGGGUUUGAUGCUGCUAUCAAUUACAAGAAGGGGGAUGUGGCAAAACAGCUACAUGAACUCUGCCCAGGUGGUGUGGAUGUUUACUUUGACAAUGUUGGUGGACACAUCAGUGAUACAGUUAUCAGUCAGAUGAAUCAGAACAGCCAUAUCAUCCUGUGUGGACAGAUUUCUCAGUAUAACAAAGAUGUGCCUUAUCCCCCUCCACUGCCUCCUGACAUAGAAAAAAUACAGAAAGAAAGGAACAUCACAAGGGAAAGAUUCUUGGUGUUGAACUACAUGGACAAACAAGAAGAGAGUGUAUUACAGCUCUGCCAGUGGAUCCAAGAGGGUAAACUGAAGGUCAGAGAGACGGUGGUAGAAGGCUUAGCAAACAUUGGUGCUGCUUUCCAGUCCAUGAUGAAUGGAGGCAAUAUUGGAAAACAGAUCGUCUCUGUUUCAAAGUAAAAGUCAUUGGUUCGAGAAAAAUAAUUGCAUUCUGUCUCUAACAGUGGGCAAGUUUUUACUUAUACUAAUUUCCAUUUAUUAAAUAAACCAUUAAGUUGCUCUGUAUGUACUGAAAGCAGAGAUUUUGGGAUACUAAUAAAUUAAAUUGAACUGGAAA